GCAAUAAUAAUUCCAAGAAUUACCCUUGGUCUGAAUGGAUGAACUCUCAGAACGUAAUAAAUUGUGUAAGCUGGGUGUCCAGGAACAAAUGUAUAAGUGACCUAGACUUUCCAUUCAAGCAGCCCCCAUGAACAACCUGAAUGACCCCCCUAGAUGGAACAUACAACCAGACCCCAGAGGAAGGGGGGCGGGGGCAGGUGAUGGGAACCAAUGGAAUUACGCCCUGCUCGUCCCCAUGCUGGGACUGGCUGCUUUUCGUUGGAUCUGGAGCAAGGAGUCUCAGAGGGAGAUCCAGAAGUUCAAAGCCCAGUAUGACGAAGAUGUGUCUACAAUAAAAAAUGAGAUGGAGACACGGUACCGGGACACGCUGACAGAGAGGCGUAAGGCAGCAGCUUUACUUGAGCUAGAGUUGGAGAAGGAGAGGCAAAGAGUCAAAGGCUACAAGUUGGCCCUGGUCUCACAGAGCCAGAGCCUGAUGGAAGAACGCAAACAGUUGCACCAGGAGCGUGAGGCGUUAGAGGAAGAGAAGCAAAAGCUGGUAAAGUCUGGGGCUGCAGGCGCCGUGCUCCACCAAGCUCUGGAGCGAGAGACCAACUGGUACUAUCGAGCCACCGCUACUCUGAAGGAGCUGGAGGGUCUGCUUGUGGAGCGGCAGAAUGUCUACUGCUCCCUGAUCCAACCUAGAGAUCAGCGUCUGGAGAUGGAGAAGAACAUUCUGCUAAAGGCUGUUAAAGAACCCAUCUGUGCAGAAGUGGACUUAGAGUCAGACCUGAAGGAUAUUUUUAAGCGAGAUAAGCACUGUGCGGACCUGAUGAACAUGGACAAGAGGAAGAAUGGAAGCCUCAUGUGGGUUUACCUCAAGUACUGGCAGCUGCAGGUCACUGUCCAGAAACAUAAGCGUGCUGAAGAAGCCAUACUAGGAGGGAAAAUACAGCCUCACACAAAGUGACAAAAGACAAACACAACCUGUAGGAUUUUUUUUAUUUGACUUUAUAGAAUGUUUCAAGAAAGUGGGUCAGGAACAUAUAUGCAUGUGUUUUUCACCUUAAGUAUCUUUAUUUGACAGGGAAGCUUUGGAAACACAAAAGGUAACCUAUAAUGCUCAACAUCUGAAAUCUCCUCAGUUGAUCCCAGAAUUUUCAAGAAAGCUGUAAUUCACUAUAGUCCUAACUUCAGAGCUCCUGUUUCUGUCAAACACACAAGCUUCAACUUAAAGCUGCUGUUGGUAGUCACAGAGUUAACAUCUGUUCAGAGAGAGAAGCUUCAAAUGUCAACACUAUCCCUCCCAACCAGGUUUCCUCUUGGCCCCCAACACAGAUCGGCGGUGCGGUCAUGGUAGUGCCGGACUCAUAACCAAUCGGAGGACAUAGUAGGGGCCGCCCCUUAACCAAUCAGGACAAAGGAUUGGAGAUUAGCUACGAUUGGUCCGUCAUAUCGGGAACAAGGGGAAUAAUAACAUUGGUUUAUACAUAGGCAUUGGAAAACGCAGAGAUUUCGCAACAGUCUCAAGUUACUUCACUUACUGAGUACCGAUGGGCAUUAUGACCUUUACUCCAAACCCAGCAGAGAAAAAGUAACGUCUUUUACACCAUUCCCUCCAACAGCAGCGUUAAGUUUGUGAACACUUAUAAUGAAAAGAAUGCAUCAGGAUCAUUCAGGGGAUAUCCGAACAGCUGCUGUCACAUACGUAAAGUUUUUAUUUUUCCAUGAAGCCCCUUGGGAAGUUUGUGAUGAUUUAACUCACCCUCCAAGUGCACUGAAUGAAUGACUAGCUGCAUUUAUUGUAUGCCUACACCUUAGGUAUGAAUCGAGGGCUCCACUAACCGUUCCCUUUGCGAUAUGGUGAAGCACACACCUUCAGGAAGAAACCCUUAUCAUAGUAACAGCUACAGCCAGGAAUUGUAAAAGCAAAUUCAAUAAUCAAUUUUCCAACAACAUGUUGAUGGGAAACUUGUUGAUUUUCUGUCUGUGACUUUUUUUGAAUCAUGACAUCUGUGGAGCAUAACUUUUAUUUUUUUACCAGCACUUCUGUCCUUCGCUCCCUCUCUACACCAUCUCUCUGUACUCUCUCGUGUGUUUCCAUUAAUGAAUUUCAGGAUGCUGAUUCUGUUUAUGAUCACUGGUUUAACAUGUCAUGUCUCUAUUGGGAGUUUUUUACACUUGCAGGGAAACAGGACUCUGCAGAUGCAUGUGAAUAUAAAUACAGCAAAGUACUACAACACUGCAACAAACAACAGUCAGACAUCUCUGUAUUCACUCCUGUAGUUAGAGAACCAGCUAAAGCUGUAGCAUCUUCACAAAGGUGCCAAGCUGUCAUGCUUUUGUUUGGACCUACAAGUUAAAUGCUGGACACCAUUUUCCUAAAGUGAAAUGUACUGACGCUUAUCACUCUGGAAAAUUCCUCUGAAUAAAUUCUUCCUGGAAAGAUUGAA